AUGUGCCUGAAACUCGAGACCAUUCAGACCUCAGUUCUGUUCUUUCCUGAAGGCACUUGUUCCAACAAGAAGGCUUUGCUUAAGUUCAAACCAGGGGCCUUCAUCGCAGGGGUGCCUGUGCAGCCUGUCCUCAUCCGUUACCCCAACAGUGUGGACACUACCAGCUGGGCAUGGAGAGGCCCCGGAGUACUCAAAGUCCUCUGGCUCACAGCAGCCCAGCCCUGCAGCUUCGUGGAUGUGGAGUUCCUCCCCGUGUACCAGCCCAGCCCCGAAGAGAGCAGAGACCCCACCCUGUAUGCCAACAAUGUCCAGAGGGUCAUGGCACAAGCUCUGGGCAUUCCAGCCACUGAAUGUGAGUUUGUAGGGAGCUUGCCUGUGGUUGUGGUAGGUCGGCUGAAGGUAGCAUUGGAGCCACAGCUCUGGGAACUGGGCAAGGUGCUUCGGAAGGCUGGGCUGUCCCCUGGCUGUGUGGAUGCGGGAGCAGAGCCGGGCAGGAGCCGGAUGAUCAGCCAGGGGGAGUUCGCCAGGCAGCUGCAGCUCUCGGACCCCCAGACAGUGGCUGGUGCCUUCAGCUACUUCCAGCAGGAUGCCAAGGGUUUGGUGGACUUCCGAAAUGUGGCUUUGGCACUAGCGGCUCUGGACGGUGGCAGGAGCCUGGAGGAGCUGACUCGUCUGGCCUUCGAGCUGUUUGCUGAGGAGCAGGCAGAGGGAUCCGGUCGCCUGCUGUGUAAAGACGGCUUCAGCACCAUCCUGCACCUGCUGUUGGGCUCACCCCACCCUGCUGCUGCGAUGCUGCAUGCUGAGCUCUGCCGGCCAGGACCCGGCCGUGGCCUCUCCCUCUAUGAGUUCCAGAAGUUUUCCCUUCACGACCCUCUCUAUGGGAAGCUCUUCAGUACCUACCUGCGCCCCCCCCACAAGCCUCACAGCAUCUCCCAGAUACCAAACACCUCGACCCCGGGCAGCCCCACGGCGCUGGCCAACAGGACUCUGCAAGCACCCAAGCCCAAGGGCGACUGAUCGCCUGGGCCUCCCCCCUGCGCCCCGGCCUUCCCUCCCCCACCACGUGCCUGGGCCUGCCCCGUGUGCCCAUGCCUCCUGCCCACCCCACUCUCGCGUGCGCACCUGGGCCUCUCGCGCCUCCUCCCUCAGCUCAGAUCCAGCCCCGCACUCAGGACAGCGCUGGGGACCGCCCUACGCCUCAGUCCCAUCUCUGCUCUGGUUUGCUUUUUGUUAUCAAUGUUUAUUUUAAGUUGGUUUUAAUUUUU